AUGUCUUUUUCGGUGAGAAACCGAGCGGCAAUGUUCGAGAAACCUGGCAGAGUCGAUACUGAGGCGGAGGUGGUGACGAUACCUGCCACGAAGGUUGUGGCAAGUCCGGUAUCACCUGCAAAGAGCGCAGUUAGCUCCAUUUCGUACAAAAGUGCAAACUCUGCGGCUUCACCUCUUGGUGCUGGUCCAUACAAAUCGUAUAGAAACAAUCAAAGAAAAGGAGAAGGAAGUCCUCGGACUAAAUCACGUUCCACUACACCAAACCGAUCUUCUCGAUCUUCUGCAGAACAAGGAUCGACGACACCUAAAAGAGCUACAGCUUCGCAAAGAUUGAGUACAUCACCGAGACCAGUCUCGCCGCAUAAGUCGUCAAGACAACAACGAUCAGCUUCGCCAUCGCCAAGAGGAUCUACCGUGUCAACAAGGGUGUCAUCGCCGCAAAAAAUGACUGUGCAGCAGAGAUCAGCUUCUCCAUCGCCACGAGGAUCUGGAUCUACUGUAUCAACACGAGUUUCAUCCCCGCAAAAGUCGACUAUGCAGCAGAGAUCAGCUUCUCCGUCGCCACGAGAAUCUGGAUCUACUACAUCAACGCGAGUGUCAUCCCCCCGAAAAUCGACUACACAGCAGAGAUCAGCUUCUCCAUCAGUAAGAGGAUCUACUGUAUCGCCGCGAGAAUCAUCCCCACGAAAGUCUCUAAGUCCAAGGAAAAAGCCGCAAAUAAAGCCAACAGGGAAAAUUGUUUCUCCCUUUCUUUCCACCAAUGACGUGUCAUCAAAGCCAGUUGUACUUCCCCUGAAAUCCCCUACUAAGCCUCGAGGUUGGGGAACGGAUGGCUUGAAGUCAAGUGGUUUGGUGAGCCAAUCUCCAUUCAGAAAUGCUAGCAGGAGCCACUCAAGAGAUGUCACGGAAUCUCGCGACACAUCAUCAAAUUCAUGGUCAAAGAAAAAUGUUAGCGCUGAGCAACGUGACAGUGUUGAGCAACGCGACGAGUCCUCUUUAAAGAAUUCAUUAGAUGCGGCCUCCGUUGUCAUGGAGGAGGAAAAGAGUCAAACAGGAUCCUCCAAUGCGUCUUCUCGAUCGUCAUUGAGUGCUAAGGAACUCGGUGAUGUGGCAAAGAGAGCUUUGGACAUCGGUAAGAGAAAGACACAAAAGUCAAAGCCAGUUCCAGGUCCCAACCAGGCAUCGUCCCCCAGUUCGAAGCUUUCUGGAACACCAUCAUACUUGAAUAAUUCUUCAAAUCAAAGAUCUGCUUCACCAUACAAAGGACGUACUACCACUCCUUCCAUUAUCACAAAGGAGGAUGAUGUCAGUGCAUCUUGGGGGGCACAUUUGAAAUCUGUUUCCCCGGCGAAGGUAUCUUCACCCCACAAGAGUCCUGCAGCCGAUGCAACGUGGCUCUCCAAGAGUGCUUCACCAUCAGCCGGUAGUGCAAAAGAGGAUGACAACAAGUCUAUUGCCAGUGCAUCUUGGGGGGCAAAUUUGAAAUCUGUUUCCCCGGCGAAGGUAUCUUCACCCCACAAGAGUCCUGCUCCCAAUACAGCAUGGCUCUCCAAGGCUGCUUCACCAUCCAACAGUGGUCAGAUGGCGUCAUCUAGCCCGAAGGCAAGCCCGGCAAAGUCUUGGCAGGUAACAACUGUCCAGCCGUCAUCGCCACGCUUCGCUCCACAAUCAAGUCCCAAGAGUCCCAAGAAGUUUUUGCAGCCGUCUUCGCCACGCCGCACUCCAGUUUCGAGUCCUAAAGCAGACGUCAAAUCUGCCUCACCGGUGACUUCAGCUGUCUCAAGUACAGCCAAUGGCCGCGUCAAAAGUAGGGCUGCUGCUGUGGCAGCUGCAAGAAAGAAUCGGACAGCUGCAAAAGGUACCAAUUCUGCAGAGGCUCGACGAGCUAUUCUUGCUUCUACGAUGCAACAGAAGGAAAAGAAGGGAGAAAUAUCGAAGCUUUCAGAUGAUGUCGAGGAUGUCUCGGCUCGCCUUGGGAUGAAGGCAUCUCGUGUUCUAGCGAUGAAAAACUCUCAAAGCAAAUCUGAUCACAAUCGUGGUGAUGAAAUCGGCUCAUCAGUUUCAGUCGAAUCAGGCAGCAGAAGUCGACGAUUCGAUCAUCCUGCAUUUGCUUCCAGGGGAUAUGCAAAAAAUAGCAAUAACAAGGACGCCGAGAAACCUUUCUCAACAGAGCUCAUGUCAAGCUUUCGACAUUUCAGCGCCGCUCGUACGGAUACUGAAAAGACUCAACAGCAGAAGUCGAAAGUUGCGAAGGUUGAUAGUUUUGGCUUUCCCGAGCAAGAGGAAUCUAUGCAUUCAACAAAUGUUGGCUUCACUCCCCGAAACGAAGACAACAUCUAUCUGAAUAACUUCUCUAUGAUGAGCUCGAUGCACGAGCAGAUGACACCUAGCAACACAGGAAUGCGUACAACACGAUCCAAUCAUUCGAUGGCACAAUCUAUGAUUUCGACGACCCCGACUGGUCACAGAAAGCCGACUGGUGAGUUAGACUAUAUGUUGAAGACACCAUCAGUUUCACAACGGUCUACACUCGAAGCAACAGAGGGCAACACAGCAUUCGACUCCAAGUCAGUUCAUUCUGUAGCCACUGGAAAGAUUACAAAUUCCCCACCAGGCUUUGUUCUCAAGGAAGGAGGGGAGAAGCAUGUUGUUGGUACGACAGCCAACGCAAACGACGAAUUUAUUGAUCAAUUCUUCAAUGAUUUUGAUGCUGACGCCCCAUCACCUAAGGACAGUACAGCUGGAACAGAUGUGAGCGAGCCACUCGCAAUGGAAGCUCUCAACCUACCUGAGGAUGCCAAUGGCGAGGUAGGCGAUGGUGCCAAUGAUACUAGUUCAUCAAAGAGGAGCGUUAACACAAGCAUCCGAACUGGAUUAUCUAGCAUCCAAAACGACUUGACACAAGACAAUGGAUCGAAGAGUAUGCGUUCCGGGCUUUCUGGCGUCUUCCCAGAGAACAACAGUCAGCACAAGCCGACGAACGCAACGAAGCCACUCCCUGAUACCAUCCGAGAAGAGGAAGAAAGAGAAGUGUUGUCCGCAAUGGCAAGCCAAGCUGGUACACAGACACGAGAAGGUGAUCGUGACACUCUAUUCGAUGGUGCAUCCUUCCAAUCAAAGACUCUAAAGGAUGGACAGAACGACACUCUCUUUGAAGGUGUUUCUCAUGCUUCCUCCCAUAAGUCUGGAAGUUGGUGGAAGGGCAAGAAAGUUAAGACCUCUUUGAAGAAUGCUCUAUCAAAGAAGUCCCCGCGAAAUGCCAACCCGGUAGAAGACGAUAUUUUUGGUGAUCUUGAGGAGGACAAUAAUGCUGCACAAAAGAAGAGAUCACGCACUAAGACUCCACAAAGCACCAAAAUGGAGAGGCAGACCAAGCAGGUUACACCCAAGAGUACAAAGGUGCAUGAUCGAUCUGGAACAAAGCUCGAAUUAGAAGAGAACACUGAUGUUGAGUCUGAGAUCACAACCUCAAUUCUCGGAGAUGGCAAGAAGGUGAUGGUUGAUAGACUGCUCACUGCAAGAAACGAAACACGAUCUGCACAUACACGAUCCGCAGAUUCUCCUUCCACAAAGGACAAAAGUACCAGUGAGAAGUCGGUUUCCAAUCAUUCGAGGCACAAUCGUACUGCUUCCAUUUUCCUGAAUCUAGGAUGCGGAUUGGGUGAAAUGCUCGAUGGUACCUUCUGCAACUAUCCAACUACUCAAACUCCAACCUCGAAGAGGGGUGAUGAAAAGUCGGAAUCGCAGACAGAUACUUGCAACUUGUCAGUGAAGGAGGAACAAAUCUGGAAGGAAUGGGAAAAUCGUGACGAAUCUGAAUCGAAUGGUAGUCAUACCAGAAGCGACGGAAAGUCGUCGGUAAAUGGGGUCUCUCAGUUGCAUGGUAACGAUCUAUCGACGCUUUCUGCGAGAGAAGAUACCGAUGCAACUUCUCAACCCAUGAGAGAAGGAAGUGAAAGUGCUACUGGACAACUUGUUGAUUCGGACGAAGCCAUGGCCGAAGCCAAGCAAGCCGCCAAGCGUGAAGAAACCCGACACUCUAGAUAUUCGGCAUUGUCCGCAUCCACGCCAAUGGCACUGUCUAACAACCAACGAAGCUUGGUAGAGAAGUUCUCGAAGCAUCUAUCUAGUGACGGAGUUGAGGUGUUGAAGCUGAAUACUAAGAAGCAGUGGCAAGUUCGAUACUUCACCAUCUGUAAAGAGCAAGUGGCUCUCACCGCCCACGAGGCAUUGAAGCCAUCUGGUGAUGUUGCUCAAUGCCCUAAGGCUCUCCUCUGGGUGAAGAAGUUCAGUCCCAAGUCCACAUACGGACUCGCCAACAUUGACAAGUAUGGACACGGUGGAAUGAUGUUGGCAAGCUUGGUCAAUAUCCAUGUCGACUCCAGAGUGGAACAAAAGAAUCCAGUCCCCAAGAAGAUGCAAGACAAAUUCAAGAAAGCUGUAACCGUCACCUUGGAAUACAACUUUGAUGGCAGCGUCAAGACGGUCGAAUUCUUGUGCCGUGACAACGAUCAAGCACAAUUCCUCUGCACCUGUAUCCGAGUUUCCCGAGACCUCCUCAAACGGGAAGAGUCUUUGAGACAACGACUAAAGGAAAUCUAA